AUGCUGUUUAAUAUCUUUCUAACAUUUGGCCCGGCCGUUGCAAUUGCAGAGUACUACAACCACAGCAUUGUUCCAUACAUAGACAGAAUUGGCAAUGGAGACACUUACUCAGACUACAAUGGUGAGUCCUCAAUGAUAUCCAUUAGUGAAUCAAGUGCACUUGAGGGUAGGGGAAGUAACUUUAUGGGAGAAACGAUUAGCGAUAGAAAAAACAGGGAGCUUGACCUUUCCAACCUGGCCCCAAACAAGGCUGAUUCUCCUGCAGGUACCAUCAAGUCGUUAAGAAUCGGAAAGUUCAAAAUCAACCCUGAAAAUAUCAGUGACUUGAUUCAUCGAGAGAUGGCAGACAUGAGCCCCGACCUUCACAGCAAGAUUGUAAACACCUUGGAGCGCAACAGCGUUGACCGCAGGAGAUACAGAGAUCUUUUUCUCAUAAAGAAGAGGGUUAUUGAUGACGGAAAAAGGAAAAUAAUCAAUUUCAACAUCAAAGAAAAGAUCAUCCCAAAGGAGGAAGAGGAAAACCUUCCUAUAAGUAGGGACUUCGGAACAAGAGCCCUGCUUGGGGGAAUCAUGCUUCUGCUGGCAGGCCUAGUAUUCACUACAACUUUGAAAAUGUACCAGAGCCUUAUAAGAAAGAACUACUUCAGCUUCGAUGAGAAGGGAGAAAUGUUUGCAGAGUCCAAGCAGCCUUCUUAA